UCUGGCAUUUCUGAGCCCCUCAGCAUCAUCUCACACUCCACACUAAACAACCACCAAUUCAACUCGACAGCAUUUUCUCCGUGUCGGUAUUGUCUCUGUGCUGGAUUUCAACCGACAGUCUUUCUCUCUCAUACAACCCUCAACGAUCACUAUUGCCCGAACGUAAGUUACUAGAGGAUCCUGUUCAAUCGCAAUAUUCGCCCUACCACACACAAUUUCUCUUCCGGCUAUACAAUUUUCUAUACACUACUACCGUCUUUUGUAUUGACUCCCUCCUGCUGACACGAUGGGACUUCCAGUUCGUCAAGACUCUCCUACAAUGCCUACUGCUAUGGACGGGCCUGCGCCUCUCGCCAACGGACUGCCCAAGGUGAACAUCCCAGAUGGCACUGAUUCCCCUGGGUCAGAAGCACCUUUCUCUGCCAACGACAACAUCCGCCGAUUCGAUCCCCCUUCAAGAGUGCUGAGCCCUGUCCAACAUGCUUUAUUCCACAACAAGACGAGAUGUUUUGUCUACGGUAUGCAGCCAAAGGCCGUCCAGGGCAUGCUCGACUUUGAUUUCAUCUGUAAGCGAUCGACGCCGUCAGUAGCCGGUAUCAUCUACACAUUUGGCGGUCAAUUCGUCAGCAAGAUGUACUGGGGUACCAGCGAGACCCUCCUGCCUGUCUAUCAAUCCGUGGACAAGGCUUUCGAGAAGCACCCUGACGUUGACACGAUUGUGAACUUUGCCUCUUCUCGAUCAGUCUACAGCUCGACGAUGGAGCUAAUGAACAUUCCUCAAAUACGCUCGAUUGCGAUCAUUGCAGAAGGUGUCCCCGAGAGACGCGCUCGUGAGAUCAUGGUCAAGUCAAAAGAGAAGGGCAUCACCAUUAUUGGACCUGCCACUGUUGGUGGUAUCAAGCCUGGUGCUUUCAAGAUUGGCAACACUGGUGGUAUGAUGGACAACAUUGUCGCUUCUAAACUGUACCGCAAAGGUUCAGUUGGCUACGUCUCGAAAUCGGGCGGUAUGUCCAACGAACUCAACAACAUCAUAGCCCAGAACACCGAUGGUGUUUAUGAGGGUAUUGCCAUUGGUGGAGACAGAUAUCCCGGAACCAGUUUCAUCGACCAUCUGCUCCGAUACCAGAACGAGCCCGAUUGCAAGAUCCUAGUGCUUCUAGGCGAAGUCGGCGGUGUCGAGGAGUACCGAGUCAUCGAGGCGGUGAAGAAGGGCCAGAUCACCAAGCCGAUCGUUGCCUGGGCUAUUGGUACUUGCGCAAGCAUGUUCAAGACCGAGGUCCAGUUCGGUCACGCCGGUGCUUCUGCAAACUCACAACUCGAGACCGCUGUUGUCAAGAACCAGUCGAUGAAGGAAGCUGGAUUUUUCGUCCCCGACACGUUCGAGGAGAUGCCUCAGGUGCUUGCUGAAGUCUACCAGAAACUUGUCAAGCAAGGAACAAUCAAGCCAGCUCCAGAACCAAUUCCACCGAAGAUUCCUAUCGAUUAUGCUUGGGCACAAGAGUUAGGCUUGAUUCGAAAGCCUGCUGCUUUCAUCUCUACCAUCUCCGACGACAGAGGUCAAGAGCUGCUCUACGCCGGUAUGCCCAUCUCCGACGUCUUCAAGGAGGAUAUUGGUAUUGGUGGUGUCAUGUCUCUGCUGUGGUUCCGUCGCCGAUUCCCCCCAUACGCCAGCAAAUUCUUGGAGAUGGUUCUCAUGUUGACUGCCGAUCACGGCCCGGCUGUGUCUGGUGCAAUGAACACGAUUGUCACUACCCGUGCGGGCAAGGAUCUGAUUUCCUCGCUCGUCGCCGGUCUCCUUACCAUCGGUUCUCGAUUCGGUGGUGCGCUUGACGGCGCCGCCGAGGAGUUUUCAAAGGCUUUCGACAAGGGCUGGUCGCCUCGAGAGUUUGUCGACACCAUGAGAAAGGAGAACAAGCUUAUUCCCGGUAUCGGCCAUCGAAUCAAGUCCCGAAACAAUCCUGAUCUACGUGUCGAGCUUGUCAAGGACUAUGUCCUCAAGCACUUCCCCUCUCACAAGCUCCUCGACUAUGCUAUCGCUGUCGAGACUGUCACUACAUCGAAAAAGGAUAAUCUUAUCCUUAACGUUGAUGGAUGCAUUGCUGUCUGCUUCGUCGACCUCAUGCGGAGCUCGGGCGUCUUCAGUUCAGAGGAGGCCGAGGACUACAUGAAAAUGGGUGUUCUCAACGGCUUGUUCGUCCUGGGCCGAUCCAUCGGUCUCAUCGCCCAUCAUCUUGAUCAGAAACGCCUCCGGACCGGCCUCUACAGACAUCCUUGGGAUGACAUCACUUAUCUUCUGCCUCAGUUAGCGAAGGGUGGUGCUACGGAAGGACGUGUCGAGGUCUCCAUGUAAAGCAGAUUCUGCGGAUGCAAAAGCGGGUUGGGAUGCGAGGUAGGGUUCUUGCAAGAUUCGGCGUUUUUGAGAAGCGCCCAGAGGCGUGGAAUCGUAGAAGCGAUUUCUCGCUCAGGGGCUUUGCCACAUGAUUGUCGACAUCGUAAAUAUGAAAGGAUCGUUAUGAGCGUAAUGCAAGCGAUUUGCAAGUCUAAAGGAAUGUGUAUUGACUCUAUGCGCAAUAACAGGCUGAAGUACCACAUCAAACUCAUCGUCGACUCUCACAACCUCAAGCCAUUAUCUUCCGAUGUUAUCAGCGCAGUACGUGACUACGUGACCUGCCUAUCCGCUCGUGCCGGUUUUAGAGAAAGCACUUCGGAGCAGCAACCGUAAAACACGCACGUACGUAGGGGCGUAAGGGGCCCCUGUUCCUGUUGCGAGGGAGAGGCGCACCCAUCUUGAGAGCCGGGCUACCUCUCGCGCUCAACCUGGGUAAUUCGCAGUUCCUCUCUUGUCGGAUUCAAUUGCACACGAGGCGGACUGUUGCGCCCAAAAGGGUCUUACUGGCAGGCGAUCAAUAUGUGAGAGUCGCGGUCCCUUCAAGCAUCCUUCAAUGCGUUUGCAACGACUUCACAUAACUCCAGGACCUUUUCCUCUUCGAGUCUUUUCCCGACAAUCUGAAGAGCCACUGGGGCGCCAUGGUAGAAAUCUGCGUCGUAAUCGGCUUGGAUCCGCCCGUCGAUGUCACUCAGCUGUUUGAAAGUCUUCAUGUCGCGUGGCGGGUCGAGUGCCUUGUCCGCAAAGGUCACGGGGAACGUGCAAGCCGGGAAGUCUGAAAAAAGAUCAGCCAGGACUUUUC